AAGAAAAUCAGUGUGUUAGAAGCUGCAGGAGACCUAAACACAGUCACCAUGAAGCUGGGCUAUGUGCUCAUGGCUGGGGCCUUCUACUUUUCUCCGGCUAUGCUCUGGGCAGCACAGAUGCUACUGGCAGCUGGAUGUCAUGCUGCUGCCAGUUUUGAGGCGCUCCAGUGCGAAAGGCCCCUCAGCACCCAGAAGAGCAGCUGCCACACUGAGGAUGGCUUGACGGGUCCAAGGGAAGUGGACUUCGAGAUCAAGGGCUACACUUUCAGUGAACCCUUCCAUCUGAUUGUGUCCUACGACUGGUUAAUCCUCCAAAGUCCAACCAGGCCUAUAUUCGAAGGAGACCCUAUGGUUCUGCGCUGCCAGGCCUGGCAAGACUGGCCACUGACUCGGAUCACCUUCUACCGAGAUGGCGCAGCCCUGGGUCCCCCUGGACCUGACAAGGAAUUCUUCAUUGCUGUGGCGCAAAAGGCAGACAGCGGCCACUACCACUGCAGUGCUACCUUCAGGAGCCCUGGUCCUGGAAGCCCAGAAACAGCAUCUCCCGCGGCUAUCACAGUUCAAGAACUGUUUCGAGCCCCAGUUCUCAGAGCCACACCCUCGGCUGAGCCCCAAGAGGGGAGCCCGGUGACCCUGAGCUGUCAGACAAAGCUGCCCCUGCAGAGGUCAGCUGCCCGCCUCCUCUUCUCCUUCUACAAGGACAGCAGGACAGUGCGCAGCAAGGGCCCCUCCUCAGAAUUCCAGAUCCCCUCCACUUCAGAGGCGCACUCAGGGUCCUACUGGUGUGAAGCAGCCACUGAGGACAACCAAGUUUGGAAACAGAGCGCCAAACUGGAAAUCAGGGUGCAGGGUCCCUCCAGCUCUGCUGCACCCCCCACCUUGAAUCCAGCUCCUCAGAAAUCAGCUGCUCCAGAAACUACUUCUACAGAGCCCCCUGGGCCUCCGCCUCCACUGCCCACCCCUUCUUCUAAGGAUCCAGGCUCCUCCUCUCCUCUGAGGUUCCCAGAUCCCCAUCUGCAUCACCAGAUGGGUGUUCUCCUCAAACACAUCCAGGAUGUGAGGGCCCUCCUUGGUCACCUGGUCAUGGAGCUGAGGGACUUGUCUGGCCACCUGAAGCUCGAGACCACGAAGGGUCACGACAAAUAUGAGUAAUCAGCUCACCUGCCACUCUGCUCAGCUGCCCCCAACAAAUCCAGCUCUUUCCAUUUUUCCUCUUUCUGUCUUAUACUUAUGCAUAAAUAGUUUUACAGGUUGCCCAGUGUUUUGUUAGAGUAACAGGGGUAGGUGGGUAUAAAU